GGCAUACAUAACUUUUUUUUCCCCGUUACGAACGUGGCAGACCUUUUUGCUAUCGAGCGCAUAGUUCUGGAAAGGUGGCGCUGCGUGACUCGGCCGAUCAAGCCGAUGGCGGUGAUGUUCAGACGGCAGCAGUACUUGUGCGUGUAUGCGUAUGUGGAGGGGGAUAGACCAAUUGACACAUACGCACACUAACAAAAACGUGACUCAUAUUACACGAGGGGCGUAUCCGUCGCGAUUAAACUGCACGCUUCACGCACUUCGUAGACAGUGCUGCCAGAACUUCGGGACUUGGAAUUCAUUAUCGCGAUGCAAUGCCACAUAUACACAUGCGUAGAAUGUGGGACAUGUAUGUGUACACCCAGCGCGGAGCUGGCAUCCGAGAUCUAACGGCAUUGAACAUAGUGCAUACACGACAUGGACUCCUAGGGAUCACGUCCAGUUCAGGAAUAACUCUAGUUGCAGCCUAGAAUUACUGGGCAUAAUUCCUGAAUGUGCAAUUCCGGUGUUUUAGUGUUUGUAGAUUGAUCUCUACGAGCUUCAAGCAGCUGCUGUCUAGCAUCACCGAAAGGAUCAAUAACCUUUGCCCCUCUCUCGACCUCAUACUCCACUUUUUUGCUGUUACAAAACCCCCGCGCAAUUACUGACAUACGAGAUAAUUCAACUUGUUUCAAUUUACUCCACGCAUAGAUCCUCUAUCGUUACUCAAAUGCCUUAGCGUUUUAUUGGGUCCAACUGGAGGUAUUAAGAGUAGAGAAGAAGUUCAUCGAUUAGCUAAUUUAAUGACAAAAUUUUCUAAGAAACUUGUAUCAAAAUGCAUUUAUAUACAAAUAUUGAAAACCACUAAUACGGAUUUGCUUAGUCAAUUUAUGAGUGCUGGGGGAUGGAAUCUCAUUCACACGUGGCUCACCGAUGGCAUUCUUGCUAAGAAUUGGGCACUCAUUCAGGAGCUUCUUGAACUUCUACUGCUCUGUCCAGUAGAUAUCGAAAGAUUGAAGAGUAACAAUUGUCCCAAGUUGAUCAAGGGUUUGUCAAAGGAAGGUAGUCACCAGGGUGUACGGACAUUGGCUAGUCGACUUGUGGAGCAAUGGUUGAAAAUUGUAAAAGGAGAGGCAGCGCCAAACUCAGUGCCGGCUCAAAUCAUGACGGUUCCAGUACAGUCGAAUGCAAUCAUUACCCAAUCCGCCAUUAUUUCUUCGCCACAACAACUCCUACAUUCUGUGAACACUCAACAAACCGUUGAUGUCACCGAGACUGCAACCAUUCAUGUGCAGGACUUUAAACUUGCGCAACACUCUACUGCGAGUACUUCAGUAAAUCAACAAGAUCAGGAGAAACAGCAACAACUGCUGGAAAGGUUGCAGCCGCAAGUCGUCAGCAAAGCUCAACAACAAGCGCAAGUACAACAGCAAAUAACGCAACAACAAUGUAAAAAGCAAAUUGUUGUUGUGUCGACGUCCUCGUCACUGCCGGUUUAUAAAAUUACUAUUCGGGAUGGCAAUCAGGUCCUCGCAAAGGUUGAGACGGACGCAACGAAUAUAAGUAAUGUCCUAAAUACGUCUGAUACGAGUACAGACGUCGAGUACGUUCCAAACGCUACGCAGGAGGUGAGGUCGGAAACGGAGGAAUUAAAUGAGACUGAUGAGAAUGGCAGUGCACCAGCCAGUGGCCGGGACGAUGUAAUAGAUGUUGUACAAUCGGACGAUUUGGGACUCGUUCCAAGUGAAGUGAAACAAACUGUAGUUAGUUUUAAAGACAAUUUGGAUGAUAUUGAUGGUGUUAAAAGUAAUGACAUUAAAGACUCUAAGAAUAUUGCCAUUAGUGAUAGCAGUAAAUCUAGUGACAAAGAAAAUAGGGACUCUCAUAAAAAAGAUGAUAAAAAGUCUAGUAGUAGUUUUGACAAGAAAAGUAGCCAUCACUCAUCGUCGUCGUCUAAGAGUUCUAAACAUGGCACAAGUUCCAGUGCACAUCGCAGCAGCUCUACAUCCCAUAGGUCUAGUAGUCACCGUUCAAAUUCUAAUAGUAGUAGUAGUAGUAGCUCUAAAAACGUCAGCUCUAGCAAAGAUAGGUCUUCCAAGGAUAAAGAUAAGCAUCACUCCAACUCAUCUAGCAAGCACAGCUCAAGUAGGAGUAAAUCUGAGCGGGACAAGGAACGGGAAAAGGAGAAAGAGAAGCAGAAGAAGGACCAAGCAGAGAAGGACAAAGCAACUUUGGAAAAAGUACAAGGUCAAGCGUUGAGUUCUAAGUUGGGCAAAAUACCGAAGAAGAGAACGGAAGAUGAAAAGUCAAACGAUGGAAGUGGAAGAAAGUCCUCGACUGAAUCGCGCGAUAGCUCGAAAGAAAAUAAGGAGAAAGCAGAUUCGAAGAAGGACACCGCGAAGGACGUUGCGACAAAGCUAAUUACUGAAAAAAAGAACAUAUCCAUUUCAAUUGAGAAUCGAAAAAAUAGUCAGGACUCGGGGACGCGGCCGAAGACAGUGAAGACGUUCAACUCAAAAUUCAGAUCUACGGGCCUAGAGGAAGAAGUAAAACCACCACCACCUAGAUCGAAGAAGGCGGCUCCUGUUGUCGAGAAGAAGGUUCUACCUCCGAAAUUGCCCUUGAAGAGAUUAUCGCCAUUGAGGGAUGUUCCAUUGGUGGAGAAACGUGCAAAGGUAUCAUUGGAUUCGCCAACAACGCCACCUAGCGAUGAGAAGAAGGGAGCGAUUAAGCUGAUUCCACCAAAACCUAAACCGAUGAUGCUACAAGAAAGCGAUAUGUUCAUGGAUGCACUCACUGCGUCUACUAAGAGCAAGGAACCGAGAAAGCGUAAGCGAAGAGCUUCUAUUACAAAGGACGGAUCCUCGGAAGCUAAGAAACAAGAAAUCGCCAAUGCCGAUAAUCGCGAGAGCACACCACCACCUACUUCGCCUUCGAGUGCCGAGGAGAAAUCGCCAGUCGCUCUCAAACCUAAUUUUAAGUUUUAUCAAGAUACCCUAGAAAUAGAAGAAGACAAAGACCAAAGGGAAAAGGAAUUUACCGAUGAAGAAUCAAAGAGGGAUAAAGAUCAGGUGCUUGAUGAAGAAAAAGACAUUAGAGACGAUGAUGAUAGUAGAAGUAACACGCCAACGCCUGAAGAAGAUGUGGAAGAAGUGAAAGAUUUGGAAUCACCAGAAGAUGCAUCUUCGGUAACUUCGGAUUCGGGAAAGAAAGACAGUUCUUAUCCGGAAAUACGAUAUGUCGACGGACUUAAGAGCGUUCUGUUACUUCAAAAACGUAAAGGUCCCAAAAAAGUUUUGAAAUGGAAGACUGAUCUAGAAUCUAUACGCUAUUUUGAAUUGGACGAAACAGAAAGGGUUAACGUGACGAAGACGUUUACAGACAUGAAGCAAAUGGAAAAGCAAAACGAGAGGGAAGCAUUCCAGAUGGCCAGAAAAUUAAAUAAUGAAGAUUUAAUGGAAGAAAAAACGAGAUGGAAACCUUUAAUUCCGAUUGAUCUACCGCCUCCGUUGGUGGAGCCUGGCAAGGACAGCAAAGAGAAGGAUGUCCAGUAUGCUCGCGAGAAAGGCAUUCUCCAAGCUCUUUAUUUUAACCGAAGCAUGAUUCCAGACUCUGCAGCUGAACCUGAUGAAGAACGGCAUCACGUAAUGACUGAUCCCAAAAUCAUACCGUUAGAUGAUCUUACGGGCAAUAAAGAAAGUGAGAAGGACUUUACAGCGGCUCCAUGGCCUGAGCCCAAACCGCAACUUCCGCAACCAUCAACCGUAACAACGUUCCAUUAUCCGACAACUUAUCCGCACAAUCAACAAGGUAUGAUGACGACUAUGGGACCUCAAUCAGCAAUGAGUCCCAUACCACAGAUGCCCCAACCGAUGAUGGCUCCCACGCAUAUGGCUCCUAUGUCUCAGGAGAUGGCAGGACCGAUGCCGACUGCUGGCGGUGGCGGUUGGAGAACGGGCGACGGUAAAGUCCUCGUGCCAGAUGUUGCUAUGAACCCAAUGACAAAUAUGCCGGGUGGUUUUAAUCAGGGAAUAGAGAGUGGGCCCAUGGUCCCGCCGGGAAUGAUAGGACCACCGCCCAUGUAUAGUCAAGAAGGCUAUGGCCCUAUGAUGUGCCCAGAUGACAUGGGAUACAAUAACUUCCAAGGUCCACCUGGACCAAUGUACGGUCCUGGACCUAAUUUUCCAGGUCCGAGAGGCGCCCAUAUGCACAACAGAGGCAGAGGUGGUCCUGGCUGGGGAUAUCGUGGACCUGUUAGAGGCGGUUGGAGAGGUGUCGGCGGAUGGCGAGGAAGUGGAAAACAACCACCGGUAUGUAGACAGUUUUCAAAAAAUGGUUAUUGCCGUGUCGGUGACAAAUGCCAGUAUCUUCAUCCCGGUGUAAACUGUCCGCCGUUUUAGUUGUGAAUGAAACUGAAUGAGACUGAAACAGUGAUACCGAUUAAAUUCGAUACUAGUAGGUUUGAAUGCUGAUUGAGUGAUGUUGAAAGUGUCUUCAACUGGAAGAAGGACUUGCCUCCAAAAUAUAAUGAAGCAGAAGAAGAGUGGGAUUAAGCAGCGUUUUAAUAUUAUACAUAAUAUCAAUGACUUCCCUUGGAACUAUCAUGUCGAUGACAAUUUGCUUAGAAAGCAGACUCAAGUGCGCGCGAUGAACAAUGCGUACAUGUAAAGUGAUCAUUCUUAAUGUGCAAUUUUUUUGUUCCUUGCAUGACUACAUGAGCAGAAUUUCUACCUGAUAAUACUCGAUGUGUUCAAAAAUUACAAAUAUAAUGACAUUUCAGUGAAUACAAUACAAAUACAUAUAUAUAAUUGCCAUAGCAUUUAAUAUGGUUAAUUAUAAGCAAAUUGUAAAAUUGUAAUUAUAUCAGGUUCACAUCGGCUGCUGGACAGCAGAGCAUUUUUUUUCCAGAUGAUUAAAAAUUUGAGAUGAUUGCUAAUGCAAUCCCUUUUUUCAGUCUCGCUUAAAUUCUUUCAUAUUUAAAUAUCUCUAGAAUUAUAUAUAUAUAUGGUGUGGAUAUUUAAGUACAAAAAUUUUUCCUCCCCCUUUCUUUUCAUUAUCUUUCGUUUAUGUUUAUAUUUCUUAUACGAGGCUACGGCCAAGAUUAUGAUUUGUUGACAUAUGUUUUUAAAGAAUGCGAUUAAAAAAAAUUGCAAAAAGAGUCGAGUUAUACCGAUGUGACAGCUAAAGUGUUUUUACACACAACACACACACACGUUGAAAUUUUAUUGGAAAUUAUGUAUAUUUCUAUUGCUUUUUAUGGUUAAAAUAAUCGAAUUCUGGGAUAGAACAUCGAUGUUAAUAAUAUUCGAUAUUCCUGAUGGAACAGGAGUCUCAAUGACAAGCUCAUAUUUUGAAACAUGGUGCUGCGUCCUAAAAGUUUAAUAGAAAAAAAGAAGGAAUGAGGACAAAUAUUCAUAAUUUUUAUCAUAAUAUUUUUUGUGUAGAUUCUUUGUAAAUAUGUUUGCAUAAUAUAUAAACAGAUUAUUCUCUAUAUAAUAAUAAAUAACGAUAGACUGUUACUGAUAGAUUUAGUUAUGUAACGCUGAAAAGGUUAGGAUGAUAAUAUUUCAUGAGAAUUGUACAUGUUUUUUAAAGUAGAAGUUAUAAUCGAUUUGAGAUAUUAUUUGAACUGAUUUCUCUCGAGUUCGAUGUGCAAAAUCAUGUAACAAUAUUUUGUAAUUUAAACUGUCAUGGUAGUUACAAGUUUUUUACCGUGUAAGAUAAUUGAAUAUACCUUUUUGUAUAUGGUUGAUCGUUAUGUUUGUAUAUAACAUGUUGUAUAAGCAUUGCUUGAUGAAAAUACAGCAAUCACAAUUAUUUUUUAAAA